AUGAACUUGAAAAUUCAUUUUAUUUUUUUAAUAGUAUACUAUACUUAUAAUAUUAGUGAUGCCUUUAAAAUAAAACCAACACAAAAAACUCCAUUGCGUUGUGAAAGAAUAAAACCACUGAGAAAACUUACAAGAGUUUACAACAAUGAAGAAAAAGUUUAUAGUGGCUUAAAAGAGUUAGAUAUUAUAAAAAAGUGGCAAAACAAUUAUCACCUUCGGAUUGUUUUGGAUUCAUACUUUUCUGAUCAUUUACAAAAAGCUGUUUUAAAUAUUAAAGAAAAAAUUAGUCAAUAUCCACAGUUUAUUAUUUCUGGGCCAAUUCCAAAAAAAACGAUAAGAAGACGAUUUACUUUCUUAAGAUCACCCCAUGUUGACAAGGACAGCAGGGAACAAUUUGAAAUAAAACAGUAUGGUUGCAAAUUAGAUAUUUUUUUAAAUUCCUCAAUUAGUUUAAAAAACAAUCAAUUCACUAAUUUUUUAUCAGUAAGGUUACCUCGUUUUGUUGGAUUUGAAUACUAUUUCGAAGAAAAUUAUAAGGGCUUAAAAAAAGAAGACCUUAAAAAUUUAAAAAAAAAAAAAUACGUUAGUAAAUAUUAUACUAAUGUACUAAAUGCUGAGAAAAAAAGAAAGUAUGUUGAAUUAUUAUUAGAAAAUUCCAAAUAUAUGAAUGUAAGACUGCCAAGAAAUUUUUUUGACUUAUACAAAUAUCCUUUAGAGAUACUACAACAUUAUUACAAAAAGACUAUGGAUAAAAAAAAAUGGUACCAUGAAAAUGAAGAACUAAUGAAAAAAAUUGAAUCUCUUUCUUUUGAUUAG